AAAUCAAUCAAUACGCUUUGCUCGGACAAAAAAAGCAUCACAAUAGCUAUAUAGUGGCUGUUUGUUUCUCGGGAAAAUCGGUUUCUGACUGAGAAAGCACAGGAAGAAAAUGGAUGCCGGUGGAAAGGUGAAGAAAGGUGCCGCAGGAAGAAAGGGAGGCGGUCCGAAGAAGAAACCGGUUUCCCGGUCCGUCAAAGCCGGUUUACAGUUCCCGGUCGGUAGGAUCGGCCGGUACUUGAAGAAAGGCCGGUACUCUCAGCGAGUCGGUACCGGUGCUCCGGUCUAUCUUGCCGCCGUGCUCGAGUAUCUCGCUGCUGAGGUUUUGGAAUUGGCUGGAAAUGCUGCAAGGGACAACAAGAAGAACAGGAUCAUACCAAGGCAUGUGCUUCUGGCUGUGAGGAAUGAUGAAGAACUUGGAAAGCUACUUGCUGGAGUGACAAUUGCUCAUGGAGGGGUGCUACCCAACAUCAAUCCUGUUCUUCUCCCUAAGAAAAAUGAGAAGGCAACAAAGGAGCCCAAGUCUCCAUCCAAGGCAACCAAGUCACCAAAGAAAGCCUAACUUCUUAAGAGUGUUAAAGAGAGAGUCUUGUUUACUUCUCUCUGUGUAUGUAAUUUCCUUUUCUGUUUGGUAUGUAGGAAAGCUAGCAUCAUGUUGUUAGGGAUUGUGUACUCUUUGUUUGAAUAUGCUUGUUAGCACAUCAGUGUUGGAAAUCACAGAAAUUAAAUUGUUAGUUUCUAUUCUUAGUUGCCAA